AGGAAAAUAGUGAUCAGUGAGAGAGCUCACUGACUACAAUAACUCUCAAUUUCAAACAAAAAAACAAAGAAAAUCAAAAGCCCCAAAAUCUGUUUUCAUCUCUCUCCCUCGCUUUUUUUUUUUAAAAGGAAAAAAUUGAAAUUUUCUUUGCUGGUGUAUAGAUAUAAUUAUUCGAGAAGAGUAGUGCUUAGGCAGGCUAGAGAGCAUGGACACCUCAAACGUGUGUCCAACUGAGGAUGCUAUUCAAGCAUUUUUGGACUACUUGGUUGAGCCUAUGCUACCUAGUAAAUAUUCUAUAUGGGAAACUCCAACACUAGAUAAACAGCAGGCAGUCGCAAAACAGGUGCAUGCUGUUGUGUUGCUUUACAACUAUUAUCACCGGCAAAGACAUCCACACUUGGAGUAUCUUGGUUUUGAGCCAUUUUGUAAGUUGGCUUUAGUUGCAAAACCAAAUCUGAAGUCUUAUAUGAAUCUCAUGCUAAGGUCUGAUGAUACUGAAUUGAGUGACCUUGAGAAGCAGCUUUCCUUGACAGAGAAAGCCAUCAAGGAUGCAUGUGAUAUAUCUACAAGUUUAGAUGCAUCAAGGGAUGUUCCAAGCACAAAGGGAUGGCCAGUUUCAAAAGUUGCUAUUUUUUUAAUUGACCUGAGGAAACAGAAUUGUGCCUUGCAGAAUGGUAGCAUUGCUGAGGGUGUAUGGUCAGUAAUUGAAAAAGAUGUGCCUGUGUUCUGUUGCAGUUCAGAUGGUUCUACUGAGGCAAAACAUAUGAACAAAAACCCAACAAAAAAAAACCAUAUGAACAAAAGAAAAAGAACCCCUAAUAAACCUUUGCAAGAUGAAUUGGGUGCUGAUGAAAGUUGCUUCCAGCAAGUUGCUUUCUCAGCUGUCAAGGAAGCAACAAAUAAUGGCAUCAGUCAAAGUGACCUCACCAUCAUAGAGAGCCAUAUUGUAUAUUCUUUGAGUAAAGAAAAGACAGCCACUCUUUACAUAAUGCAGAACUGGGAUAAUGCACAUUUGCACGGUUGUGAUAUAGAACUGAUAGCAGUUGGACAUUUCUUGCAGGGUCCUUUAGUCAAAAGAAAUUUCUCCCACUGGAUGCACUCUUCUGCUGUUGAAUACUUCCACCUGCUUCCUUUUGUAUGGAUCAUUUCUCAAUGGUUCUUGAGUUCACAGGAUCAGGAGUCAGUACUGGAAGUGGUAAAUGAAUAUGGCCCUGAGAUGACAGAAAACCCUUGUGAGCCAGAAGCCUGUAAUAACAGAAAUAGAAAUAUGAUUAGUGGCGUAGUAGAGGCUCUCAGUAACAGCACCAAUGCUGAAUUAGAAAAUCAGAAUGAGAAGAAUGAGCUUUGCACAGAUGGCCUCUUGGAUGCUAUCGAUGGGCCUUGGCAUAUGGAUGUGAACAACAAUUUUGUGGUUUACUCUGAACAAACAUUAACAUGCAAUAAUAUUGCUGAGAAAGUCCAACAUGAUGCUCAGCUAAAGAUGAAUUCUUUUGCAGAGAGCGACUCCGAUGGUGCGACAAAUGUUGCUAAGUUUGAGGUGGUUGAUUCGAUAUUUCAAAGCAUUAGUCAUUCUAGAAAAGCAGCAUGCAAAAAUAUGCCUUCUUGUCAGGAUGGGAUGCCUACAGGCAAUCAUCCUUUGGUUAUUCAUGAGUCCAACUCCAAAUAUUCUGCCAAACUACAAAACAUCAUAGCCUCAAAGGAACACAUCUUGUCGGAAACUGCUUGGAGAGUUCUACAUAGAAAAAGGGAUAGACUGGUUCGUCAGCUACGCAAUAUUGGAGAUGAGAUUGCUCAGUGUGAUAAAAAGAUCCAAACUAUUUUGAAUGGUGGGGAAGAUGAUUUGGAAUUAAAGAUAGACUCGAUCAUAGAAGGUUGUAAUGAUGUUUGUCUAAGGAGUGCUGGCCAAGGGAGGACAUCCCGUGAUUAUGAAGAACAAUGUUCAACUCAUUACAUUAAAAGAAACAGAUUGUCAGAGGAAGCUCUCAGCACGCAAAAUCCAUGUCAGGAGUUGGAUGGUAUAUGCAACAAGAACAAUUGGAUGUUACCAACUUAUCAUGUAUUUCCAUCAGAUGGUGGAUAUCAAGCCAAAGUAACUGUAAAAGGGGUGAAUAUUGAGUCUUCAAGCGUGGGCGAUGCUUGUCCUAAACCCUCGGAAGCAAGAGGAUCAGCUGCAGCACAGAUGUUGGCCAAGUUGCAUAGCAUGUUAACCCCAGCCCAUUAGUUCUAGGCUACAGGUAGAUGGGGCAAGGACUGAUGAUGGUUUUUGUUUGUUCCCAUCUAAUUAACUAUCGAAAGGACAUCUACAGUCCACCUAUGGUUAAUCGAAUUAAACUGCUUAUAUAGUAUAGUAUUUUCAGUUCUAUAGUUGGUAUGCCUUGAGUGGAGCACUUAGGGGUAAAUCGUUGGCUAAUACAGAUUGGUAUUGGCUCAACAUCUAGUAAACAAUGCAGCUCUUAUUUUUGCUUGACUCGAACAUGUUAUUUUAGCUUCAUUCUGGGGGAGAAUAGAGAAAAAUACAAUAUCUAUUUUUACUAUGGAAAAAAUAUAUGAUGCAUGUCCUCAAAUCUUAAUUCUUUAUUAAUGAAUUAUUAUUGUAAAAAAAUAAAAAAUUUUUAUUUUAUCAAAUUUUUAUUUUUUUUCAAAAUCUUACUUCACUGAUAAAGUGUGGAU